CAAGUAUGUUUUCGUCUGGGGUGAUCACCGUGAUCACGUACGCAUCUGCACGCACCUACAAUAAAUCAGUGUUUAUUUUUAGUAGGAACUUCGAAGAUUUUCGGGAAUACUUGUAAAUACGUGUGAUUAUAGUUAAAAAAUGUAGAAUUUUAUCUUCUAAUCUGAAUGUGAAGAAUAAUUUAGAGCAAUAUAAACGGAACCUCUGAAUAUUGCUAUUUAAAACUACCUGUUUACACGGUGUAAAACUGGAACGUAUAUAAAUUGUAUAUUCGACAGAUCCACGAGCUUCGGUAAUUCGUUUACUUCGCAUCUAAGUGUGUGAACCUGUCAUAGUAUAUCAGUCAACAUAUGACACGAAUCACAUAAUAGACAAAUUAAACAUAAUCACCGGAAAGUAAAAAGCUUUUUGACGAGGUGUUUCUCUUUAAUCAAACAAAAACAAAAUAUUUCAGAUUUAAUAAUAGCGCGAAACUUAGAGCAGUAAAACGAUCGACUUCUUAAGCAAAACCUGUACCUUGGAUUGUUCUAUUUCAAUUAUUUCUAAAAACUUCCCGAUUUUAACUUCGAUAGCUGAAAGUUAUCGUGAAAAAGGUCCUAUAUAGAAAUAUAUUUCAUACAGUUCGAGGAAUACCGAGUGAAUUGUGUGUACGAGUCCCGGUAUUGUGAAACAGCGUGCUGGUUUUUUAAAGUUUCUUUUAGAAAACGUAUACUGAUUGUGUAAGAUGCAUAUUGCAUGCAAAUGUUUAAACGUGUCCAUAAAAUCCAGGGGCACUGAACUGCAAAAGGUCAACAUUAAUGAUAUUGAGUUGUCACCUGAGGAACAGAAUGACAGUUUUUUUCGUCAAAAUCUUGCAACUAUAUCAGAGCUUGAAGGUAUUACCAAGGAACAACCAGGUUUAGUGGAGAUAAGAAAUGUGGGAUCAUGGAUUAUUCAUCGUUGUUACAAUUGUUCUAUGUACACACAUGCUGUGCACAGAGACCAUGGUGCUGCCUUAGUUCUUAUUAAUACUGACAUUGUUGUAAGUAUUAAAUUGUUGACUUCACCUGAAGAGAUAAAUAAAUUAAGGUCUAAUCCAGAUUAUAGUCCAGUAUUUAGAAUAAUAAUUGCUCAUAGUUCUUUGGACGAACUUGACUAUCUUCAACAACCUACUAAAUUUUCUGUGUCACAGUUACCAAACAAUGUGCAAGUAGCUUUGGGUGGACUCCAACAGCAGCUUGAAGAAGCUGUUCAACGGCAAUCUGCAGAAAUAGAGAAUAAAAUUCGUGCUUUCACAACAGAACAAUAUCAAUUAUUAGAGCAAUUCCGUGAAAGAGCUCAUACUGAACAUAGAUUAUUAACAAGAUUAAUAUGUAAAGGGGAAGAAACAAAUAGAUUAACAAACAAUAUAGAAACUCCCCCUACAACCCCAGAGAAUUUUACAAGUCUAACUACCUCUACAACAAAUACAGUAAAUACAUCACAAGUAAUAUCAAAUGAAACAAAAGUGAUCACUGGUCCUAAUAUUAAACAAAAAACUGGUGCUAAAUAUUUUCCAAAUACUCUUGUUAAUGGUAAUGUAGAUAAAAAAGACAAAUUGUAUAUAUACCCUAAAGAACCAACCAGUUUUGACACCGAAGCUUUAUUUCCUUUGGAAGGAGUGGAAGACACUGUUCCUAAUGAUCAAGUUCAAUCUUCAGAAGAAGGAUCUGAUACAGAUGAUUCAGGUCAAGAUGAAGGUAUUCACAUGCCAAGAGGACAAAGAGGUGGACAUCCUACAUUAGCUAAGUCAUUACCAGUUAGUGUUCCAUCUUUCCCUACAUUUGUGCGUAGAACAGUUCAAGAUCAAGAUGAUGAUCAGUUAUCAAGAGAUCCACAUGAUCCACAUAAUAUUCGAGCUUCAAUUAAGGCUCUAGCUAAGAGCGUCCACGGUGAUACAGUAUUUGGAGACUUGCCACGUCCUCGUUUCUCUACUCAAAUCUGACUUUAUAAGAAUUUCAAAGAAAGAGAAUAAGUUUACGUUAAAAAAUUAUUACACAUAUAAAGUACCUAUUAUCUAUAAUUGUCUUUCAGUUAAUACUACAAAAGGUUAAUAUAAACAAAGGAAGAGUAAACAUAGAAACUACAGAGAUAUUAAUAUUUCACAUGCUUUGAAUAUAUUUUAGAGUAAAAAAAAAGACUACUUUGAAUAUUAAUUUUGUUAGUUUGUUGAGUUAUAAAAGAAAAAAAUUUUCAUACCUGCGUAUAUUGAGGCUAUACUAUAUACAUAAAUAUGCUACAUAUAUAUUUGUUACUAACCGUGUAGUGUGUGUAGGAAAUACAAAAUUGUUUAUUAUUGAAAUAAGACUGCGGGAUAGGUAUUGGGGAAAAUAAUAACUAUAAAAUCUCAAAGGUUAUUAAUACUAUUAAUGUGACGUUCUUGUGUUUUCUGUAUCCAAGGCGAUCACUUUUAUGCCAUCUCUACUCGACCGGCAUCUGUUAUUUUCUCUGCAUGAGCCAGAAUCUUUGAAAAAUUUCUCUCUCAACACUCGCUCGAAAAUUGUAAUUUAAAAGACUUCAAAAAUCAACGCAACGUGAGAUUUAUGAUGCCAUAUCUGAAAUAAAACCGUACUAGAAACAAAUUAAGGGGCAAGGAAAGUUUUUUAUGUAUCAAUUAGUAAUUAAGAUAUUAAAGUGAUAAUUUUUCUCUAAUAAUUAUUUUUACAGUACGCCGUUAUCAUUAUAUAUAAACCAAUACAUUACAAAUUAUCAUUGAUUUAAUAACAAAUUAUUGUUACUGUUUUUAGGUAAUUUGCAGUUUUUUGAAUUAAAAAAAAGUUUGUACUCUGUUGUUUAAAAACUGAAUUUUUUUUCUAUUUGUUUGAAAAGUUGCCAAUAUUUGGUCUGAACACAAAGUUAAAGUUACAUACAUAUGUCUAUAUAUGUUAUAAAAAAGUAUCUUGUUUGCAGGAAAUCUUUCCGUUUAUAUAUUGUUUUUGUAAAACUCUACAUACGUACGUAUGUUGAUAUACGAAUAUGUAUAUAAAAAACAUUAAUUUUUUAAUAAUUAAAAACAGAUAUAAAAACUGGUUUACGUACGUUUUUGUACAAAUAUGAUUCAAUAAAUUUUUUUACUUUA